UACUCUAACCCUGGUUAAACGAGGGGCAGAGGGAAACAACGUUGUUAAGCGCUAGUGUAUUGAGAUAAGCAGCAGGACCAACGACGAGAGAACAGGACCAGCUCCAGUCCCUCUCUCGAUUCUAUCCUAGCCGUUGAGCCUUCUCAAUUUCUGGUUCAGUCAACGGCUUGACCUCUCUUGCAGAUCUCGCAAUCUCAUUCUGGUGUUAGGCUAUAUGGGACAUCAUGAUGGCUCCUUCAACGCAGUGAUGGUCUAGCUGGGUCUGUUGCUUCUGUAGCUCUUGUGUUUUGCACUGAGAAUUUUGGGGAAUAAUUCGGCUUUGUUGAUUAAUGAUUGUUUGGGAAUCACUGGUCUUUUUCACUCAGUUACUCUCGGUGGUUGAGUUUGGCAGGCCUUUGAGGGAGGGGAAGAAGGUCUCUUCUGCCACCAGCCCCUCUUUUGCCAGCUGUGAACACAUUUAGUCUUUUCUUCCUUUCAUGUCUCCUAACUUGGACAGCCCAGUUCAAACCCAGAUGGCAGUGUCAAUCUUCAAGAGCCCGCUCAGCAGGGAGUACCAUCGGAGUAAGAGAAUGGAAGGGAAACAACCUGCUGGUAGGAGACGGGUGUUUGUGCAAACUGAAACCGGCUGUGUCUUGGGUAUGGACUUGGAUCGUGGUGACAAUGCCCAUACUGUGAAGAGGAGGUUACAGCUUGCUUUUAAUGUCCCGACUGAGGAAAGCUCAUUGACAUUCGGGGAUAUGGUGUUGAAGAAUGACCUUAGUGCUGUUCGAAAUGAUUCCCCCCUUCUUCUAACACGGAAUUUUAUGCAUAGAAGCUCCUCAACCCCAUGUCUCUCACCUACUGGGAAGGAUAUCCAACAGCGAGAUCAAAGUGGCCCUAUUGAAAUAUUGGGCCACUCUAAUCAGUUUCCAAGGACUAAACAACUGGUCAAGGAUAUUGUUAAGGCAAUUAAGAUUGGGGUGGAUCCAAUCCCUGUUCACAGUGGGCUUGGAGGUGCCUAUUAUUUUAGAAACAGCAGAGGUGAGAGUGUUGCAAUUGUGAAGCCAACGGAUGAGGAACCUUUUGCCCCCAAUAACCCAAAAGGUUUUGUUGGUAAAGCUCUUGGGCAGCCAGGUUUGAAACGUACUGUUAGGGUUGGGGAGACGGGGUUCAGAGAAGUCGCUGCUUACCUGCUUGACUAUGAUCAUUUUGCCAAUGUGCCCCUCACUGCACUGGUGAAGAUCACACAUUCAAUCUUCAAUGUCAAUGAUGGAGUGAAUGGAAACAAGCCUCACCAGAAGGAGCAGGUUAGCAAGAUUGCAUCGUUCCAGCAGUUCAUUCCACAUGAUUUUGAUGCAAGUGAUCAUGGGACCUCAAGCUUCCCGGUUGCUGCUGUGCAUCGUAUAGGGAUAUUGGACAUUAGAAUUUUAAACACUGACAGGCAUGCAGGAAACCUUCUAGUUAGGAAACUUGAUGACAGUGCAGGGAGGUUUGCUCAGGUGGAUCUCAUUCCGAUUGAUCAUGGUCUUUGCCUACCAGAGAGUUUGGAGGACCCAUACUUUGAAUGGAUUCAUUGGCCUCAGGCUUCUAUUCCAUUUUCAGAGGACGAGCUUGAGUACAUAGAAAAUCUUGAUCCAAUUCGGGAUUCUGAGAUGCUGCGAAUGGAGCUCCCCAUGAUACGGGAGGCUUGUCUCCGUGUUUUGGUUCUCUGCACAAUUUUCCUCAAGGAAGCUGCUGCUUUUGGUCUGUGUCUUGCUGAGAUUGGUGAGAUGAUGAGUAGAGAGUUUCGUGGUGGAGAGGAGGAACCAAGUGAGCUUGAGUUUGUGUGCCUUGAGGCAAGGAGGCUGAUAGCUGAGAGAGAGGUGUUAUCCCCCAAGGCUGAAGGGGGAGAGGAGGAGUUUCAAUUUGAUAUAGAUUGCGAGGAAGACAGAUUCUACUUUACUCCGAAGAUGGGAGCUGAUGCAUUCAUGAACAGAGGACCAUUGCAUUUUGGAAUUGGAGGUGCAAAUUGUCGAUUUCAACUCUCUAAGCUGGAGGAAAGCAUUGAGGAGGAAGAGGAAAGUGAAAGAGAAGGAGAGCAAGAGGAUUUUGCAGGCAUUCCAACUCCUGCAGAGGUCCCAACCAUUUCAAAGCUUUCCAUGUCACUGAAGGACACCAGUCUAGGUGAGAAAAGCCAAAAAUAUCUGGAAGCAAAACCAGAAAGUAGUUACUUGGCAAAUACAUCAUCAGGGCACAGGAGUGCAAAUGAGCAGCUUCCAACAAGCAUGAGCUUUGUGAAGCUGGCAGACAUGAAUGAGGAGGAAUGGGUGCUGUUUUUAGAGAAGUUUCAGGAACUGCUGUACCCAGCAUUUGCCAAGCGGAAAUCCGUGACCCUCGGGCAGAGGCAGAGACAGAGGCUUGGUACUUCAUGCCAGUUUUGAUACUGAGUUACUACUAAUAUGUUGGUAUGAGCAAGGACUGUGGAUUGUGGAUGAAGUAUAAUCUUUGCAAGUUUGUUGGAAUGAGAGAGCUUGUAGGAUAGGUUUGGCUUAUGUUUUUUUUUUUUCCUCCUGGGAUGAUGGGCUGCUGUAGUUGGCAGCAACAGUAGGUUCAAAGAGGUGUAAAUAUUCUUGGAGGCAGCUAAACAAAAGCUGAGUAGAAUUUGUUAUAUUUCUUUUAUAAAUUUUUGCUUUGAUUUUUUUUUUUUUUUUUCUUUAUCUCACUUCUGAUGGACUUGUUGGAUAAAUAAUAUGUAGAAUGAAAUCAUGAGAGGAGAUGGUGUAAAUGUUAAAAACUUGUGUUGUUUAGACUUGUCUUCAAUUGAUUA